UUGCCCCGCCCCUCCUUCCGUCCCUGGGUGACUGGUCUGUGUGAGUCUGGCAGCAGCAGCAGCAGUAGAAUCGGCGGCGACAGCGGUGGAGGAGCAGCUCUGGGCUGAGGCUCUUCAAUUCGGAUUAUUUACCCCCCUCCCCCGGAACAGCCUUCAGCUCCCACCCUCCGACUCUCCGACCCCACUGGCUCUAUCCGACUCCCCCUCAAAAGCAGCAGCUCCCCCUCCCUCACCCAAUUCCUCUUUAUUUAUAGGUGUGUGCGGGGGGCCCUGCAGAAAUCCCUAGGGGGGAGGGUGAUCCACGAGUGGAAUUUUACAUUCAUGAUUAUGGGCGACAAGAAGAGCCCGACCAGGCCAAAAAGGCAAGCGAAACCUUCGGCAGAUGAAGGUUACUGGGAUUGUAGUGUGUGCACCUUCAAGAACAGUGCGGAAGCCUUUAAAUGCAGCAUCUGCGAUGUCCGGAAAGGAACCUCGACCAGGAAACCCAGAAUAAACUCUCAAUUAGUUGCACAGCAAGUGGCUCAACAGUUCGCCUCCCCUCCACCCCCCAAAAAAGAGAAGAAGGAAAAGGUGGAGAAGCCUGAAAAAGAGAGAACAGACAGAGACAAGUUUGAAAAGGAAAAACCAGAAAAGGACAAGCUAGACCGAGACAAGCUAGAUCGGGAAACACUGGACAGAGAAAAGUUGGAACGGGAAAAAAUAGACCAGGAAAAGCUUGACAAGGAAAGACUGGACCGGGGUAAAGUUGACAGAGAAAAGCUGGACAGGGAGACAAAAGACAGAGAAAAGCUGGAAAGAGAAAAGUUGGAUAAAGAGAAACUGGACAGAGAGAAACCAGAAAAAGAAAAACCAGAAAAAGAAAAACCUGAGAAGGAAAAGCUAGAGAAAGAGCAAAAAACAGACCGAGAGAGACAUGAAAAGGACAAGGAAAAGACAGAGCGGGACAUCACCUCAAGUGUUGUUAAAAAGACCACGAAUAAAAAGACCAGACCAAAGCUGGACAUUUUAAAGAAUCCGUCAAGUGACGCCAAUAUUAAGUCCGGAAAUCCCAACACAAAGAUCAGCAACUUUAAUCACACUUCAAGACCCAGGCUUAAAAACAUUGACAGAAGUACCGCACAGCAACUGGCAGUAACAGUGGGCAACGUAACUGUAAUAAUCACAGACUUUAAAGAAAAGACUCGUUCUUCUUCCACAUCUUCAUCCACAGUGACCUCCAGUGCAGGCUCAGAACAACAGAAUCAGAGCAGUUCUGGCUCUGAGAGCACAGACAAGGGAUCGUCUCGCUCGUCGACCCCGAAGGGCGACAUGUCUGUUGUCAAUGACGAGUCUUUCUGAAGAAGGCCAAUAUUGCACACAAAUUAAUGGAAACUUUCGACCUGGGUCUGGAUUUCCCAGACACCCAGUUGCCUGUGUUGGCCGCGUACCCGGAGCAUUAUUAUAAUUAUUACUUUGGUUUUGAGAAGGAGACUUUUUAUUUCCUCUUUUCCCCCAUUUUGGACAACAGCCUCUUCCUUACCCUUCCGGGGUCAUUUCUACAUGACGUGGGCAUCUGGCUACCAAGGAAUUUCCUACCCUCAACAAUGACCCUUGACACUUGCGUAUUCCAUUAUUUUAUAUGAUUUUCUUAACAAUCAUUUAUAAUUGGAUGUGCGCCUAAAUCUACUUUUUUUUAUACGGAUCUGCUGUGCACAAUUUUCUUUCCAUGUACAUGCUAAAUUUUUUUUUUUUCUUGCGUUAUUUUUUUGACUUUUAUUUAUUGCAUCGUCAACCUCCUGUCUACUUCCUGCAUACCCCUUUCUGUUUUCUUUUUCCCCUUCCUCUUCCUGUAAUGCAACAUACUAUCGAUUUUUAUACAUCAAUAUAUAUAUAAAAAAAUAUAUAUAUAAAUCUAUAUAAAUAAAUGGUUAUUUGAAACCAAUACACAGAACAACACUGGUGCUUGAUACACUGUGAAGCAUAUGGAAAAAAAAAAAACACAGAUUGAAGAAAGAUCUUUAACCCGUU